AUGGCCUCAGUCAACGGUGACAGGCUCCACGCCCAAGGCACGCACCAGUCCUCGCUGGAACUCAUCGGCCAAACGCCCCUCGUCCGUCUGAACAAGAUCCCCCAGUCUCUCGGUGUCGAAGCCACCGUGUACGGCAAAUGCGAAUUCUUCAAUGCUGGAGGCAGUGUCAAAGACAGGAUAGCGCUGCGCAUGAUUGAAGAGGCUGAGAAGUCAGGAAGAAUAAAGCCUGGUGACACUCUGAUCGAGCCUACCAGCGGCAAUACUGGCAUCGGCCUCGCCCUCGUCGCUGCUCUGAAAGGCUACAGAACCAUCAUUACCCUCCCCGAGAAGAUGUCCGCAGAGAAAGUCGCCGUGCUGAAGGCACUCAACGCAACUAUAAUCCGCACACCCACACAAGCCGCCUUCGACAGCCCCGAGUCACACAUUGGAGUUGCUAAGCGCUUGGAGAAGGAGAUCCCCAAUGCCCAUAUAUUGGAUCAAUAUGGAAACCCUGAUAACCCGCUCGCACAUGAACUAGGAACUGCAGAGGAGAUAUGGCAGCAAACACAAGGCAAAGUGACAUGUGUCAUUGCCGGCGCCGGCACCGGUGGCACAAUCACAGGCCUUGCCCGUGGUCUACACAAACACAACAAAUCAAUCAAAAUCAUCGCGGCAGAUCCUCAGGGAUCGAUCCUCGCCCUCCCUUCAUCCCUCAACGAGGAAUUCGCAAAUCAACCUUACAAAGUUGAGGGCAUCGGGUAUGACUUCGUACCGGAUGUGCUUGACCAAAGUGUCGUGGACAAAUGGUACAAGACAGACGACGUAGAGUCAUUCCACUACGCCCGUCGCCUCAUUUCGGAAGAGGGGUUGUUGGUCGGAGGAAGUUCCGGCUCCGCUAUUGCCGCGACGAUCAAGGCUGCGAGAGACCUCAAGCUCGGAACAGACGACGUGAUCGUGGCAAUCCUCCCGGACAGCAUCCGCUCAUACCUGAGUAAAUUCGUCGACGACGACUGGCUCGCCGCGAACAACCUUCUGCCUCCAACACCACCCCCUGAACCCUCCUCACCACAACUCUCGAGAACCCAGAGCAUUAAACAAGACGACCCAUUCCGCGGUGCUCGCGUGCGCCAUCUGCGAUUAAAACCCGUUCAGACGGUCGCAUCGGACAGUCCCUGUUCUAGUGCCAUCGAAGUUAUGCGCGACAAGGGCUUCGACCAACUCCCCGUAUUGGCACCCAAGGGUUCAAAGAAAUUAGUCGGCCUCGUCACACUGGGCAAUUUACUGUCACGGAUCAGUCACGGGCGGGCCACGGGACAGAGCCCGGUGAGCGAUGUCAUGUUCGAUUUCACCAAGAUCAGCGAGGUCACCAUUGACCACACGGAUUUGACAGAGUUGAUGACCACGUCGGUGGACGAGGACUCGGAGCCGCAGAAGCCCUCAAGUGACAUGAGUGCAAAGCCCAAGAGCAAGAGUAAAAGAAGACACUUUGUGGAGAUCACGAUGGACACCUCUCUCAACGCAUUGAACAAAUUCUUCGAGUGGCAGAGUGCAGCUAUCGUCACGGAGCGCGAACCAAGUGACAAGAGCGGCACCUUGAAGCCGGUGGCAGUGGUCACCAAAGUAGAUCUGCUUACUUGGAUGUUGAGCGAACACAAACCGUAA